CCAAGAUCAGAUAAGCAAUAUGUGUGGGAAUCAGUAGCUGAUAGCAGCUCUUACACAAUAAGGGAAGAAACUGAUCCAGACAAGCUAUUGCGUCGUGGCACUCAAAUUACACUCUAUCUCAGAGCGGAUGACAAAUAUGAAUUCUCAGAGCCAACCAGGAUUCAGAAUUUGGUUAAUUAUUCUCAGUUUGUUUCCUUCCCCAUCUAUACAUGGCAAGAAAAUUCACGAACUGUGGAGGUGGAAGAAGAGGAAGAAUCAAAAGAAGGGGAAGAACCUAAACCAGAGGGUGAGAAAAAGAAGGUAAAGAAGACUAAAACUGAGAAGUAUUGGGACUGGGAAUUGGCCAAUGAAACAAAGCCACUAUGGAUGCGGAGUUCAAAGGAUCUUCAAAAGGAAGAAUAUCAGGAGUUCUACAAGAAGACUUUCAAUGAGUUUGUAGAACCACUUGCAUAUACUCACUUCACCACAGAGGGUGAGGUUGAGUUUAGAAGCAUUCUGUACGUGCCUGGGAUGGGUCCUCUUAACAAUGAAGAAGUAAUAAAUCCUAAAACAAAGAAUAUACGCCUGUAUGUGAAGCGUGUCUUCAUAUCAGAUGAUUUUGACGGUGAGCUGUUCCCACGGUACUUGAGUUUCGUGAAAGGUGUGGUAGAUUCAGAUGACCUUCCUCUCAAUGUUUCCCGAGAAAUCCUUCAAGAAAGCAGAAUUGUAAGAAUAAUGAGAAAAAGACUUGUUAGGAAGACAUUUGACAUGAUUCAAGAUAUCGCUGAAAGUGAAAAUAAAGAGGACUACAAGAAAUUUUGGGAGAACUUUGGUAGAUUCAUCAAGUUAGGAUGUGUUGAAGACACUGGAAAUCAUAAGCGCAUAACACCUCUUUUGAGGUUUUACACUUCCAAAAGUGAGGAGGAGCUCAAAAGUUUAGAUGAUUAUGUGGAAAACAUGGGUGAAAACCAGAAGGCUAUCUAUUACCUGGCAACGGACAGCUUGAAAAGUGCCAAAACUGCUCCAUUCUUGGAGAAAUUAGUCCAGAAAGAUAUUGAGGUUCUUUAUUUGAUCGACCCGAUUGAUGAGGUUGCCAUUCAGAACCUACAGACAUACAAGGAAAAGAAAUUUGUUGAUAUUAGCAAGGAAGAUCUAGAAUUGGGUGAUGAGGAUGAGGUGAAAGAGAGGGAAACAAAGCAAGAAUACAAUCUGCUUUGUGAUUGGAUGAAACAACAGCUUGGUGAUAAGGUGGCAAAAGUUCAGGUCUCUAAGCGCUUGAGUUCGUCUCCCUGUGUGCUUGUAUCUGGCAAGUUUGGAUGGUCUGCAAAUAUGGAGAGAUUAAUGAAGGCGCAGGCUCUUGGAGACACUGCAAGUUUGGAGUUCAUGAGGGGAAGGAGAAUAUUGGAGGUUAAUCCAGAUCAUCCCAUUGUCAAAGACUUGAAUGCUGCCUGCAAGAAUGCACCUGACAGCAGUGAUGCUAAGAGAGCCGUUGAGCUCUUAUAUGAGACCGCAUUGAUCUCUAGUGGAUUUUCGCCUGACAGCCCAGCUGAGUUGGGAAACAAGAUUUAUGAAAUGAUGGCACUGGCCUUGGGAGGAAGAUGGGGUAGAUCAGAUGAGGAGACAGGGACCGUCGAAGCUGAUGCAAACACAAACGAAUCUUUUGAGGCCGAAGUGGUUGAGCCUUCUGAAGUGAGACACGAGAAUGAGCAUGAUCCUUGGACAACCGAUUAGGUGCACCCACAAAUUUUUGUUUUAGGUAUUGCUUGAGGAAAUCACGCAAAUAAUGAUGAAAAGUGAGAAAGGGGCAACUGGGUUAGUGUGCUUACAGAUUUUUGGUGUAGAAGUAAAUUUGUUCCUGGGGAAUUGUAAAUUCCAUCAAGGAAUGUGAGAUGUGGCUUUUCCCAGAGUCUCUUGAUCCACUUCUGCAUCAUUGAUUAUUUUAUUGAUUUGACAAAAGUAGCAAUAUACAGGUGAGGGUCCUCUA